UCAGCUGGGAAGAGUGAAAAAUGUUUUGUAUCGUUCGUGUAUGACAUUCUGUUGCUUAAGACAAUAAUUUAAUUAGCGUGUGUUUGGAUCAUAAAAUUUUGUUACCAGAUUUGGACGUGAUGGCAUUACUUUUUCUAAUAACGUAAUGGUAAAGAGAUUUUCUUCCGCCCAACUAGAUCGAGGAGUGAAGGCGAAUUACAAGUGGAGAACGUACAGUAUUGAAAGUUCGUGAUUAAAUCUACAAAUAAUUAGUGGAAAUGAUUUACUAUUACUUUCGUGGUGGAUGUAAUUAAAUUGCCAUGUCUCACUAUGGGCAAGAUAAUGACAAACAAGCCAGCUCUCUUAUGGAUGGGGUUCCUGUUAAAAUAAGUGAAAAAUACAAGCCACCAAGAAAAAUCAACCUACCUGUUGGCUAUCAAAAUAGAGCACCUCUAGCAUCAGUGGAUGAAGUGUAUGACUUCUCUUUAGAAAAUACUGUGCUUAGAAAGAUUGCAGAAUGGAGAAAACUGCAAGAACAACUUGUAUCCAGGAGGAGGGAAAACAUCAAACAACAUAAUGCUGAAAAGAAAGACGCAAGUUCAAAGGGAGAAACUGAUUGGAAUGUCCCAGCAACUGUUUCUACAUCAGUGAGUGUUACAGCUAAUAGUGCUGAUGCUUCCACCUCACAUUGCCAAAAACAACAACAACAGGCUUCACAACAACAACAGCAGCAACAACAACAACAACAACAACAGGCUUCACAACAGCAGCAACAACAACAACAACUACUACUACAACAAUAUGCAUCAAUACUUACCCCAGUUCCCAUUAGCAUGCCCCUCAGUACAACUACCCAUCAUAAAAAUCACUCUCACCACUUCAAUCUGUCAGAUUUUGAAACAGACACUUCAGACCCUUUUGAUACAGUUGAAUUAAAGACAAUAAAUGAUAUGGAGGAGUUGGCUCAUGUUCUUCAGCCAACAAUACCAGUAACAAGUACUGUGCCUAAUUGUUAUACUUUGCCCUACAACUCUUCUCAACACUAUGGCAUGGUGGUGGAAAGCAAUAAGGACUCUGUUAUACUACCACAUCUGAAUGGCCUCACAGGUUAUCGAAUGAUGAGGGAUGGGGGUUUCGCAACUUUACCAGUCCAACAGAAGAGUAGUGCUAAUGUCAACUACCCUAAUUUAUGGGGUGACAGUUAUAAUGAAGCGACAACUAACCAGCGAUCCUCCCAGCAGGAUGGUGCUGGCUAUGGUGCUCUGUCUAAAAGUGUGCCAGAUAUUAUGAAAGAACUUGAUAGAGAACUGAAAGAAAAACGAAGAGGACCAACACCACCUACACUAAUGUCAAGCAGACCAGCAAGUCUUGGUUCCACAGGAUUAGAGAACUGGAAACCUUGGCCAGAUUUGGAUAGCCCAGACCAGUCUGCGGCUUUGAAGACCACUAACAAAGAAAAAUGUGCAUGCCCACUACCUAAUCCAUUUGCUGAACUCAGUGUUGAAGAACAAAAUCUUGCCAUACACAUAAGUGAAAUGGGUUUUCCUUUACCACGUACAGCAAGAGCUUGUCAACUCGUGGGAAGUGAUGACAAGAAGAUGGUUGAGUUCCUGUUAUUGGUGCAAGCACUGGAGGAGAGAGGGUAUCCAGGAGAUAGGGCAGAACGAGCACUGACGGUGAAUGAAUGUGAUCUGAAAGAAGCUGAACGUUGUUUGGAGGCCACAACACAGCUUCUUGACCUUGGAUUUCCUGAGGACCGUGUUGCCGAAGCUCUGGCAAACUGUAACAAUGACAGAGAUCAGGCACUUGAACAUCUUAUCUCAUAAAAAAGACAGCCAAAACCUGCAGGUGAAAUGAAAUGUUGCUACUGCCAACCUCAUUGUGUAUUUCACUUCCAUAAUUGCUUUCAUGGUACUGAAGUAUAUAAUAAAUGGGGCAAAUCGUUUGUGGAUACUCUGUUUUUAAAAGUUUUACUUAAUCACAUACUAUAUAAGUGGACUGCUAAAUGAUGGUAGUAUAGUGGCAAGAUCACUAGAAGUGAACCCAAAGACAUCUGAGAUAUGAAGUAAGACUCUCAGUCCCUAAGAGGUUCAUUAGUUCCUUUGUGAAUAAUUUUUGUUCCUUGUGAAAGUAUGCAUAUAAGCUAUACAGCAGAAGAAGUGUUGAUGUACUCUGAUAUUGCCAGAAGAAUGGUGUGACAAAUGAAGUAAAUAUCUGAAAUGAUUACCACAGUAUCACUGAAGAUAUUUGUGAUAGUGUUAUGCAAACUUAGUCUUUGCAUGAAUAUUUAUACUGCUUUCUUUAUAUGUGUGUAAAGAUUGUUCACUGUUUUCCUGUUCUCUAGAAAUAUUAUUUUCAUAUUUUUUUAAUUUAUUGUACCAUGUGUAUUCAUAACCACUGAAACAACUGGAAGUGUUAAGGUUGCUCCUUCGAUUAUAGUCAAUGUUUGUCACACAACCAGUGUCUGAUGUCAAUAUUCCUACACACACACACACACACACACACACACACACACACACACACAAAAUUUGUUAUGAUAUUUUAUUGAUGUAUUUAAUCUUUUUUCUUUCCUUAGAGAAAAAUACUAGUCAGCCCUCUUUAUUUGACAUUCAGAUUGCUUGUGUUUGACAUCCAUGUUGCAAAGGAGGUGUGAUGUGGAUCCUUUUUUAUGAUUGUGGCUACAUUUUAACUACUGGCCAUUUUGGAUCAAUAUUAAUAUUACUUCCUGUAUAAUUAUACCAAUUUAACUUCAAUGUAAUUUUUCAAUACACAGGCAUCAAAGUAUUUGUGUUGCACAGUGACAUUUUAUACCUUUCAUAUUUUUCAGAAAAUUUAAUUUAUAUAGGUUACGGUUUUAACAAGUGGUGUUAUUAUCAUCACAGAAAGGGUAGAGAUGUGUCAUGUUAGUGUCACUGCUCUUCUUCAAAGUUAAGUACUGUUAUCAUCAUCCCUUUUCUGAAAAGGGAUCAGAAUCUGCUACUGGUACUACUUAACUGACAGUAUUUAGAAUCAUCUGAAAGGUGCUUUUACAAAUUGUUUAAUUAUCUCUUUUUGUGCAGUGAAUUAUUGCAAAACAGUAAGAAGGAUAUAGGUUGGUACCUUACACUGUCCCGUCGGCGUCUGUAGCAUGUACUGCUUAUUCCUUUUCAGAGGAUAAUGUGAGACCCACUGGGACUGAAUCCUACCUUUUGAUGAGGCACGUAAACUCAUUUGAUUGUGUUUGAUUUGCAGGAAGUGUACAUAUCUUGGCAAAUAUCUUGCUACAUUCAUCUGUAUGUCAUGACUGUGGUUCCAGCUGUUGGCAUGUUAAUAACAAUUUUUGUAUCUGUUUUGGAUCCUUUUUAGAGUGGAACACUAAUAUGACAAAUUUCAUUGUUUUCCAUGUCAUUGCCUUUCACCCUUUUACAAAGUUUAAAAGCGCAUUUUAAUUUCAUCUGAACCUAGAAAUUAUAAAGGCUUAUUACAUGAUGAGUAGUGUCCACAUCUAAGUCCAUAUAAAUAACAGAACAUAAGUUUCACCAACUAUAAAAUAAUUUUAUUCUUUAAUUACUUGUCCGGUGGUCUUGGAGUGAAAAGGAAUCUAUUAGCACAGUAGGUAGUAUUCAUCUGUAUUUAGUUGCUUGGUUGUUUUCAUAAAGUAGGUUUGUAUUCUGUUGCUAAGAUGAAAUCACGAAAACUAGUGACACCUGGCUUGAAAUGUGGUGUUAACUUUACUUGUCAGCAGUUUGUGCAGUUCCAUGCAUUAAUAGGUAAAAGCUGAUGGAAAAAAGUCUGUUAUCUAAAUACAUACUACACAUCUCCUAUGAAGUUCAUUGCUCCAUGUCUUUGCGUUUGUUUCUUGCUUUGUUGAAGCAAAUGUCCAGUUGCUUAGUUACAUCUAGUUUCAGGAUGGUUGUGACUUUUCUCUGUUUCCUUUCUUCACCACUCCCUUCUUUUUCUUAUCCUUCCCUUCUUCUGAAAUAUAGGAUGCAGUUGUUUGGUUUUAAUUAAUUUUACUGAGGAUGAUACACCACUCAUAAGAGAGGGAACCCAAAUGAAGGAUAGAAAAAAAAAAUCACAUGAAAUUUUUGUUCAUAUAAAAGACUUGCUAUAAGAAUGCUUGUUGUGCAGUUCUUAACAUUCUGGCAUUUUAUAACAUACAAGACCUUUUUUCGCUGUUCCUUUUAUUUCUUCCUUGCCUUGUCAGUGAUCAUGUGCUCACACGAACACUUCUGGAUACGCUUAAAAAUCUAAUAUUCAGAUUGUGUCUUUUAUUAUGGUCAUUUUCAAACAUUUUGUUGUACUUGCUGUUGUGAAACUUUUUGUUGCUUUCUUGUUAAACAAGGAUGUGCAGGGAAAGGUAAUGAAGUAGGUGUAGCAAUACUCGGAAACUGUUACUGAAUGUUGCUUUUGUUUUGCAGUCCUUUUCUGUAAAGGACAUUGUAUGUGUUGGGGGGGGGGGGGGGGGGGGAGA